AUGUUCAAUUCAUUUGAAGAUUUAUAUUUUGAAGAAAUCACAUCUAUUAAAUAAAGUUAUUUAGAUACUGAUAGUUUUCUUAAUUUUAAAGACUAAAAUCAAUUUAAAGAUGAAUCUGGAAUGUUGAUAGAAGCUUAAUUAGAUGAUUUUAUCAGUAAUUAAAAUGAUAAACCACAAAAUGGGCAUACAUCAACAUUCCAUAACAUUAUUUAAGAACAAAAGAUCUCUUUCUUACCAAUUUAAAAGAAAAAUUAUAGAUAUCCUAGAGAAUCAAAAAAUUAUUUCAAAAAUAUUGGACCUAAACUUAGAGAAUUUAUUAGCUAAAAUUUUUCUAAUUUAACUGAAAUUAUGAAUCAGACUUUUAUUUUAGAAUUCUAAAUGAUUUAAAAUUAGAAUCACACCAAAUUUCAUAUUCAGCGACUUUGUAAAUCAAGAUUAGGUAAAGCUAUUGCUAAAAUUUUCUUUAAAAAUUAUAGAUGGGUCAAAUCUCUUGUAAAUGAUGAUCUCAGAAGCUAUUUUCGACUAAAUAGCGAUUGGAAUAAUUGA